AUGUUGUCGUCACCUCCUCCGCCAGCGCCACCGCCUCAUGGCUCUUCUCGCGAUGAUGAACGCGAUCAAACACAGUAUUCUCUAGAUCUGGACGCUUUGAACCUCGACGAUGAGCCUAGCGCUCUGGACUCGCCGAGCGUGCAUCGCAUUGUUGACAAGAUCCAUAGUGAUGACAUUGAUGGCCCGACUGACUUUACCGUCAACCUAGCCAAAUACUUUAGAGGCACACCGCGCAAACAACCACUGCCGGCAUGGGAAGAACAGCAAGAUCUGUUCGAUGAGACAACGGCCGACUUCCUGACAAACUCUUCGCCCAAUCCCUCGCCCAGAUUUGAUCGCAGUACUCAGAGCGAAUCUGGCGCCAAUGAUCCGACNCCUCGACCCGAUCAAGGCGACUUUGAAGAGCCAAAGAAGAACAUGCUGCAGCCGACCGUCGAGGACUAUUACUCCGAGCUCACUCCAGGACUCCCUGCUUCUAUCAAUGCCACGCCUGAUCCUGCUCAACGCCGAUCGUACUCGACUUCGCGACUGCGCCAAUCACAGAAUCAGAGACCUUCGAGUCCUCCCACCAUCUCGUCCAUGCGAUCACCCAUGCCACACUUUGACAGUACACCCAACCAAAAACCGCAUAGUCUGUACCAAGAGUUGCAGAAGCUGCGCGCACUCAAUGAAUCUCUACAAACCCAACUUGACACGGAGCGCGCCUCUCGUCGGUAUCAGAGAUCUGAUCGAUCGCAAAGCAGAGGUCGUUCUGAGGAUGGAAAUGAGCUGGAGUCGCUACGAGAAGAGCUGGACCGCAUGCGCGACGAAUGUCAAAUCCACCAGAGCCGAAUGCGGGAACUUCAAUCUGACCUGCAAGAGUCAAAGGCAAGCGAAAAGGAUGCUACGAAGCUUGCAGAGGAUCGCGCAAAAGAGUUGGACCAAAUGCAUGACAGUGAGGAUGCCGAGAUACACAACUUGCAGAUCCAGCUUGGUCAAGCUCGUGAUGCGGAACGUCAGACUCACAGUUCGCUCGACAAGGUCAAGGAUGAGCUGAAAGCAAAGGAUAACUUGCUUGCAGACAUUCGAAGCCAGUUGAAGCAAUCGCAGGAUGACCUUCGGGAGACCGAGAACGACAUGCAAGACUUGAAAGUCUGGAACGAGGAUCAACGUAACGCGAAGAGCAACGAACUCGAACGUGUUCAACAGGAACUCUCUGAUGCUCGAAGAGGUAUUCAGCAAGCGAAGGAUGAUCAAGAGGAGGAUUUCGCCAUCAAUCGUACCAAGGUCGACGUGGAUGAUGGAUUCCCGACAUCCGAGAAGCAGGAAGAACUCAAACAUCAGAUUGCAAAUUUGCAAGCUCAGCUUGACGAUAUGCGCAAGAAGAUCGAGAGCAAGGAUAAAUUGAUCGCAGAACUCAAGUCUCAGAUCAAGGGUGACCUCACCAGCGAGGACCUCAAGCAACAACUAGAGCAAGCCCAAGAUGCUCUUGCGACCAAGGAGAAGGCUGUCCAGGCUGCUCACGAAGAUGCAAAUACCAAGGCGGCAGAAAUGACCCGAGGACUUGCACAACAAUUACAACAAGCAAAACAGCAACUUGCUGUGUUCCAGGCUGAGGAGGAGAAGGCACAGAAGGCUCAAAUCGUCCCUCGAACCGCGGAGCAGUUAUCUGAUCACAGAAUGCCCGGUCAAAAGCCUAAUGAGCAGAAUAUUCUGUCGAAUCAGACCACAGAACAACUCAAAGCUGCGUUACGUACAGCACAACUUCAAUUGGACGAAACAUCGAAGUCACACGCACAAGAAAAGGAAGCCUGGGCAAAAGCAGACAGUGAAGCUCGACGAUCUCGAGCUGAUGUUUAUGAUCAGUUGAACAAGGAAUCAGAGAAGCGUAUGAGAGCAAAUGAAGAAGUACGUUCUCUACGUGAAGAGCUGGACAUGCUCCAGCAGUUUGACCGCAUUCAAGACCAGCCGCCUUCUGCAUCUCAUGACAGCUCAACACAACAACUCGCAGAUGGUCUUCGCAAAGACAUUCAAGCCUUGAAAACUCAACUUGAUGCUCAGCAAAAAGAACAUCACGAAGAGAUAGAAAGACUCCGCGAACUCUGGAUUGAGCCAUCAUCACACUCUGACUCUGUAGCCUUGCAAACAUUGAGGGCAGAACAUCGCCGCACGAUCGAUCUUAUCGAAGAAGGCAUGACCAGCCUCCGCACAUCCCGCGACACCCUCUCCCUCCGCAUCAACGAACUUUCCACCACCCUUUCCACAACGCAAUCAGAAUUGAAGACCACCGCCAACUCACUCGCUCUCGCCGAAGCAGAUCUUGCCUCCAAAACCUCUGACCUGCAAGCUUUGACUCUAGCAUCCGCUGCUGCGGAAACAGACUUCGAAGCUACAAUAGCAGAGCUCGAGAAGACCAAAACAGAGUUGUCGGAUCUGCAUGCACUAAAUCUGGAUUUCGACACCAAGUUAUCUAUGACACUCNNGGAAAGAGAAGACUCAUGGCGUGCCAAGGCCAAGGCUUUGAAAGAAAAGAUUGCUGAGCAGAAAGAGAAAAUCUCGUCGCUCGAAGAGGAAAGAAAGGGAAUGGUAAAAGCCUUGAUGGGCUUUUGGGGUAGAGAUGAUUUCNNGGGGGACGAAAUCGAAUGGGAUGGUGGGGAUGGUACAGGGAAGGAGGGUAAAAACAGUCAAAUAUUCAGAUAUCGCUUUGCGAGGAUGGGAAAGGAGUGGUGUUAG